GAUUAGCUUAUCCCAAUAUGACAGAUCCAGCGGUCAAUUCAAUCAUCAAUGAAUCCAUGGAACUGUCAUGGAAACCACGACUCAGCUAUGAGUGGCUGCAUGCAACCUGCACGACGUCACUAGCCGUCCUCGGGUCAACCAACCCGUUCAUCGUUCGUUCAUUCAUUCAUUCAUUCAUUCAUUCAUUCAUUCAUUCAUUCAUUGAGCUCUCAAUCUCCCUCCCACUCCCUGAGCUUCAUCAAUCGACCACGACCACCACCACUACCUUCACCUCCUCCCAACGCUUCCUCCUCCUCAUCACCCACAGCACCAAUAAUCCCACUCAAUAGCCCCAACCAACCUACCAACCAUGGUCUCAACCCGCCAUCACCCCGACGACUUCCCACCACCACCGCCCACCUCCCCCUCGACAACAUCCCGAUCCCCAAGCGCCAACGGCAACAGCAGCAGCAGCAACAACACCACCACCACCAAAAAAUGGGUCCACACCCCCUCCACGGCGAUCACGCUGUGGCUCGUGUUCUCGGUGCCGCUGGUCCUCUGGGACGCGGGCUACGUCCUGCUGCGCCCGCACUCCAUGCCGGGCCACCGGCUGCACUCGCCGCUGUGGACGCCCUACGCGCUGUACGGCACGAUCGACUACAUCUACGGCUGGCCGGCCUUCAACGCCCGCAACGGCUUCACCGCCGCGCAGACCGUGCUGAACCUGCUCGAGAGCGCCGGGUACCUCUACUACCUGGCCGUCGUCUACCGCCACGGCACCAGCCUGACGGCCACCGGCCGCGGCGGGCAGCCGCGCCACCCGCACAAAGGGGUGGGCUGGUUCCUGCGGGAGACGAAGGUCGUGGCGGGGCGGACGGGCGCGCUGGCGCUGCUGGUCGCGUACAGUGCGUCGGUGAUGACGGUGGGGAAGACGGUUCUCUAUUGGCUGAAUGAGGUGUUCUCCGGGUUUGAGAAUAUCGGUCACAAUGAUCUCUGGACCUUGGUUUUCUUCUGGAUGAUUCCGAAUGGUCUGUGGAUUGUCUUCCCCAGCUAUAAUAUCUAUAUUCUUGGAGCGGAGAUCGUGGCAGCGUUGGAGACCUCGGUCCCGCGGCAACGGGUCGGGCGACCCAAGUCGUCGUAGGUCCGGUUGGUCCAGACGGAUGUGGCUGGCUUUCAUACGUUCAAUGGUUUCAACUUAGAUCAGGGCUGUCUGGGGGUGGGGGUGGAAUAUGUGACGGGGAGGGCCUGUGUAGGUGUGUAGGCAGGCCUAGUACGGCAGCAUUCGCGCCAUCCCUUAGCGACUCCUAUAUAAAGAUUCCAAGUGAAAAAUCUCUGUAAUCUCGAUGGGCCUAGAUGUUAGCAAGUUUCAACAUGUCUCCGUGUUUUCCCCCGGGAAAGAGCCGACCCAGGAUAUCCUGCGGUGCGUGAGUGCUCUGCGGGUAGAAAAGAUCUUGUCACCUGGCGUUGAGGCUGGUAUUGUUGAGAUGCGGCCUAGUCUAAUGCUAGAACGCGUGGAUGUCAAAGGAAUGAAUGAGGAA